UUACACGUGGCACAAUGCAGUCAGGUAAGUAUUGUUCUCCUGGCAACCACCAAACCCAGACACGUCCAUUGGAUUUCCAGACAGAGAAGUGUGAUUUGUCACUCCAGAGAACAUGUCUCCACUGCUCUGGAGUCCAGUGUAGCUUCAUGGCUGAGUUGCUGUUUUUCCCACUUGCUUCCACUUUGUUAUAAUACCACUAACAGUUGACCAUGGAAUAUUUAGUAGCAAGGAAAUUUCAUGGAUGGACUUAUUGCACAGGUGGCAACCUAUCAAGGUACCAUGCUUGAAUUCACUGAGCUCCUGAGAGCGACGCAUUCUUUCACAAAUGUUUGUAGAAUCAGUCUGUAUGCCUAG